UCGGCCGCGCCGGAAGGCAAUUCGCUCGCGACGCUCGGAUAGAAGAAAAUGGCGGCGGCGAAGAAAAGCGUCCUCUCUUCUUUGGCCGUUUAUGCUGAGGAUUCCGAGCCCGAAUCCGAUAGUGAGGCCGGUGGAGCGGCCAGCGAGCGAGGAGCAGGGACGACGGAAGAAAAAGGAGGUCUGGUGUCAGAAGGCUACGGAGAGGAUGACUUCAGUAAAAUGGAGGGAGAGGAGGAUGGUUAUGAUGACGAUGAAGAUGAAAAUAGUAGACAAUCGGAAGAUGACGAUUCAGAGACUGAAAAACCUGAGGCUGAUGACCUAAAGGACUUUUCAGAACUGGAGAAGAGAGAUCCCCAAGAACUAGUUGCUUCCUUCUCUGAGCGAGUAAGAAACAUGUCUCCUGAUGAGAUCAAAAUUCCUCCAGAACCCCCUGGCAGAUGUUCCAACCACUUACAGGACAAGAUACAAAAGCUGUAUGAGAGGAAGAUAAAAGAGGGCAUGGACAUGAACUAUAUCAUUCAAAGGAAGAAAGAGUUCCGCAACCCAAGCAUCUAUGAGAAGUUGAUCCAGUUCUGUGCAAUUGAUGAACUUGGCACAAAUUACCCCAAGGACAUGUUUGAUCCUCAUGGGUGGUCUGAGGACUCCUAUUAUGAGGCACUAGCGAAAGCACAGAAAAUUGAAAUGGACAAGCUAGAAAAGGCCAAGAAGGAGCGAACUAAGAUUGAGUUUGUAACAGGCACUAAGAAAGGAACAACAAAUGCUCCCUCUACAACCACCACAACAGCCAGCACUGCAGGUGGUGAUGCACAGAAGAGGAAAAGCAAAUGGGAUUCUGCCAUUCCUGUGACAACAAUAGCUCAACCCACCAUUCUCACUACCACUGCAACACUGCCAGCUGUGGUAACCGUCACAACCAGUGCAAGCGGCUCCAAAACAACAGUGAUCUCUGCAGUUGGCACCAUAGUGAAAAAGGCAAAGCAAUGACAAGUGCAGUGAAGAGACUGGCUAUAAAGUUUUCCCCCCAGACUGCUUCAUGCCAAAAGCACCACUUGCAGAAGUCAAAGGGGUAGGAGAUACUCUCCUUCUGGUGCAAAAACGAAAGACUGUUUAAAAAAUGGACACACAAGAAGAGGAGGAAGUGGCUAUGCAUAAUCACAACAGAUAUCCGUUAAGAAGCUCUCUUUGGUGAGCUGCCCCUUACCGAGUUGCGUGCAAUGAAAUGUCAGUGUGUAAAUAUUAGUUCACUAAAUGUUGUAUUAUAAUUGUGACUGUCUUAGGAUCCUUUGAACUCUGUGAAAUGAGAACUUGAGCAAGAAACUACUGAAGUCAAUCAGUUGCACUGUGAACCAUUCAAUACUGAGUAACAUCUACUUGCUCUCGCUUCUCAUCUCUGCCUGUAGCAAUUACAGGCAGGGGUGCCUUAUUCAGUUUUCCUGCAGAUAAUUGUAAGAGUCAUAAAGAAUUGAUUGUAUAUAGGCUCAGUUUCAUGCAAACCAUGAUAGAGACUUGUGUGGAUUGCCCUUAUGUCUCCCAUUUAGUUUCAGUCAUCUGGGGCUUGAAAGCCUGGACAUUUGAAACUGCAAAUCAACACUGAUGUUUAUGUCUAGCCGUUGGAGAGCCAUUGCGCAUAAUUUGGACUCUACUGAGGAGAAGGAGCUUGUGAAACAGAAAGAAGCACCAAAUAGUUUCUACAGAUGUAAGCUGGUGCCAGAUCUCAUUUGUCCCCUUUAAAUGUCAGUGUGCAUGUUGGUGACAUAGGUACCAAACUGUAUAAUUGCAAUAAUGCUGCCAUUUUCACCAUUCUAAUGACAAAGAUGCUGUUGAUUUGUAUAAGCUUUCUUACCUGUGUAACUGAACUUUGGAAUAUAAAAACAUUUUUUUAAAAAAAAAUUUGCUGCUUGUGUUUAAUCUGCCUUCCAUUCUAACUGGUAGAAGAAUGUGUAACAGAGGAGGAGGGGAGAAUGCUAGGGGUGUUGUUGCUAUACUUUUAACUCAUAGAGUCACAUACAGUGGUACCUUGGUUUAAGAACAGCUUAGUUUAUGAACAACUUGGAUUAAGAACGCUGCAAACCCAGAAGUAGUAGGUGUUUUGGUUUGUGAACUUUGCCUUGGAAGCAGAACACGUCCCACUUCCUGUCGAGUGUGUUCCAUUUGUAAAUUGAGUUCCCCCGCUGCUAUGGGAAAGCACGCUUUGGUUUAAGAACGCUUUGGUUUAUGAAAGGCCUUCCGGAACGGAUUAAGUUCAUAAACCAAGGUACCACUGUACUCAUAGUCAUUUCUAUUAACACAGCUGACUAACGUCUAAAAAUUGGACAUAAGGGCCCUGUUCCCACACAGUGGCCAACCAGACUUUGGGGAGGAAGUCCACAAGCGGAACAUGACAGCAACAGCAUUCUCCUGCUCAUGAUUCCCAGCAACUAAUAUUCAGAGGUAUCAAGGCUAGCAGAUUUAAUUUUUAAAACGAUCCAGGUUGAUGGCCAUCUAUGGAAAAUGACAGUGUAAAAGCUUAGGCCUACAAGCACAAGAAAGGUGGUGUAUACUGGGAACUAUGUACUGCAAAGUGCUCCAAGGGGAGGCUUCAGAUGGUCAGAAUGCAGCCUCUCAAGUCUUCUUGUGCACUACCUUGAUUCUAUCCAGAGACAGUUCAUGUUACUGGUUUGAAUAUGUGAAUGGUGUAGGCCUUUAUACCUCCGCUAGCCUCUUCCCCCAUGUAUGUUAACAUCAACAAAAUGCCUUUGAAGAUUACAUCUGUGCACUGUUGGCACAGAAGCUCCUUACUAAUGGGGCCGGUUAUGGAAUGAGUUCCCUAGGCAUGUCUACCAGUAUUCACCCCUGCAGUCUUUUCAGAAGAUUCUAAACCAAAACACUCCCUGUCCCAAUAGUCUGAAAAAGUGUCCCAUUGAUUGCAAUCCUCUGCACACUUGCCUUUGAGUAAGCCCCAGCUAUGCCUAAGAUUGAAUAAUCAGUCCUCUGCUGUUGUCAGUCCUCCGUAUUAACUUAGCUGCUCCUUGACUUGGGGUGGAGUUGACUUUUUAAAUUUGUUUUUUCAUACUUGGUUUUAUUAUAUUGAUUUUGUAAAUUGCUUUGAGCAAAGAGAAGAAAGCUUGGCAUGUUUUUUUAUAUUAAAAAAAUACUUCCAGGUCAA